UUAUUUUAAUUUUGGUCAAAAUUAAAAUUCUGAGGUUUUGUUAAAAGUCUUGCAAUUUCUUCCAGACAAAACAAAAAUGCUUUUAGUGCAAAUAUUUCCUUUUCUAAUUAAGAACUAAGAAGUUAGUAUUAUUUACUUUUUUAGUCCCGAAUCGGCCACUCUCGCUCGCUGGACAAUCUCUCACAGCUGAAGGACAUUCUUGUUCCGAAGGACGAAGCCAUGAUGAGUCUGUUAUGGUUAACGGCAGAAGAGGCUGCAAAGAACAGAGGAAAACUUCUUUCUUUGUACCGACAACUACUUAGGAGCAUCAACUCGCCAAAAUUGCAGCUUAGUUAUGCGUCAAUACUUGCCAAGAAAGCUGAGGUUAGGACCAUCUUCUUGUUUGGCUCUGAGGAGGUUUCAAAACACAAUGUUGCCGAUCUCAUCCGUACUGCUGAAUAUGCUCUCUCCCAGUUGAAACAAGGCAAAAUCCCCAACA